GAUACCGUUUAAAAGAGCACAAACCCCCUGUUCCCUUCCCCCACCAUGGGCACUCCAGCUUUCCCACGAGUCCUCUCUUCUCCCCCCAAAUCCCAAGCCUAAAUCCUAGCCCGAGUUCCACCGUCUCGACUCCGAUCCCGUGCCUGCUCGCUCCCUCCUGCGGCAUGGCCGCUGCUCGGGCGCGAGAGGCGACGCCACCGCCGGUGAUCGGGAAAGCCGGGAGGUACACUGUCUUCAUCACUCCGCCGCCGACACCCAAGCCCUCCGAGGCCCCGAGACCUCUCAGCCCUAGCCUUAAGCUGAACCCUAGUCCCAGACCAAGAAAUGUGGCUCCUUUGCCCGUCAGGGUGCCGUCGCCGUCACUGGCGCCGGCGUUGCCGCCGGUUCAGGUCCCGCCGCCGCAGUUCGAGAAGUCGGCCGCUCGGGCGUCGGCAUCCGCGUUCGGCUUCUUCUGGAACGCCGUCGCCAGAGUCCAAGAUGUGCAUUCGAGCUUGGAUGAGUACUUGGCGGAUUUGUUUGGGUUGAACCAAUCGAAGUAUCAGUGGGCGUUGAAUGAUUACUACGAGAACAACGAGAAGAUGGAAGGUGGCAAAGGUGGUAAACCAAAAGAACUCACCAGCAAAGGGCAGGCCGUCUAAUAUGUUAAUAUAUCUCUUAUUAUUGUGCAGCAUGUUGCGCGGCUUACUGAUGUGUGAUUGUAACAAUAGAAUAUCUAUAUCAUUGGUGCCAUUUGUAUGAGUAUGCCGAGGCAUCGAAGGGGUCUCCAUUCAUGACCACCACCUAGUUUUAACACAUCAUCCAGCAGUGCCAAUUAUAUUGCAGCGGUCCAAUUGAGGUGUAAAUGUUUGACAAACAGGACUGCUAUCGUCUCAUUGGUGGUCACCUGUCAAGCGUUUUUUUUUUCUUAUGCUCCAUGGGAGCUGGUGUAUCUUGACAAACAGGACUGCUAUCGUCUCAUUUGUGGUCGCCUGUCAAGCGUUUUUUUUUUUCUUAUGCUCCAUGGGAGCUGGUGUAUCUUUGUUCUGAGUUUUGUUUUGAACUGUUAAGGCAUCAUUAAUCACCUGUCAACGAGGCUAUUCGAUGGAAAUUUUUAUGUGGACGCUAGAUCAGCCA